GCUUCUCCACGCGCCCGCGCGGCCCGAUCCUCACCAAUCCCGGUGGGCUCUUCCUCUCUCCCUGCCUGCCCGCCCCUAAUAGGCGCCCGGCCAGCCAAUGACAGCAAGCUCGGGGCCGGCCCCGGUGUUUUGGUGGCUGUUUCGGGAGCCCCUACCCCCAACCUCCCCGUCCCCUCCGGUCUCUGGCGGGCGCGCGCCGCUGCUCCCUGCGAGCAUAGGGGAGUGAGGGUAAUCGGCAAGCUCGGCUCAGCGGAGCGCGCGUCUCAGCCCCAGCGCCCAGCAAGGCGGCCUGCCAGCCCGCCUGCCCGCCUGCCCGCCAGCCCUCCUGCCCGCGAGUGUCUUCGCCAGGAGAGUUGGGAUCCCCACUGCCCCUCUUUUCAUAGCCCCGGAAUCAGCGGGUGUGUGCAGUGGGGAGACUGAACUUUACCCCCUGCCUCUUUUUAAAGUAGGGGCGGGCGUUUGGAGAAGGGCAAAGAGCAGAGCAGCCAUGGACCCCGUGAAUCAGCUGGCCUCUUCGGGGACCUUUCGGGUACUGAAGGAACCCCUCGCUUUCCUACGAGCUCUGGAAUGGCUUUUUGCAAUCUUUGCAUUUGCAACAUGUGGUGGUUAUUCUGGCGCAUUGAGGCUGAGCGUGGAUUGUGCCAACAAAACCGAGAGUGACCUCAGCAUCGAUAUAGACUUUGCCUAUCCUUUCAGAUUGCAUCAGGUGACUUUUGAGGUGCCUACCUGUGAAGGAAAACGGCGUGAGAAGCUCGCCUUGGUGGGCGACUUCUCAUCAUCAGCAGAAUUCUUUGUCACCAUUGCAGUGUUUGCCUUCCUCUAUUCACUGGCCGCCACCGUCGUUUACAUUUUCUUCCAGAACAAGUAUCGUGAAAAUAACAGAGGCCCACUCAUUGAUUUCAUUGUCACGGUAGUCUUCUCCUUUCUAUGGCUGGUUGGUUCAUCAGCUUGGGCAAAAGGACUGUCUGACGUCAAAGUGGCAACAGAUCCAAAGGAAGUUUUGUUACUCCUGUCAGCUUGUAAACAACAGUCCAACAAGUGCAUGGCUGUCCACAGUCCGGUUAUGUCGAGUUUAAAUACUUCUGUGGUCUUUGGCUUCUUGAAUUUUGUUCUCUGGGCAGGAAACAUUUGGUUUGUUUUCAAGGAGACUGGAUGGCAUUCUUCAGGGCAGAGGCAUCUCUCAGACCCAAUGGAGAAGCAGUCCAGCACCUACGGGCAUGGAGGAUACAACCGAGACAGCUACGGGCCAAGUGGCGGGUAUAACCAGGCGGCAAAUCUGGGCCAACCUGCUGAAGAAUUUGGCCAGCAGCCUAGUGGUCCCACUUCCUUUGCCAAUCAAAUUUAAUGUGGUGGAGUUUGAUUUCUUAUGGAGACCGUUAUCAUGAUAUAAUUCAAUGGCACAAGAAUUUUCUUUUUAUUAAGAGCUGGAAUCAAAUAUUAAUAUAGAAAGUGUUUAAUGUAAAUCAGAGCUCGGUAGCUCUCAUUAAACAAGGAAUGCCCUAGAUUGCGAUAAAUGGUACUUUGAGACUAGUUGAGAUGAUCUAUUAUUUAGCAUAGGUGGCUAAUUGGACAGUGUCUUCUUAUAUGUACAGAUAAUUUUACAGUAGUUUUGUAUGUGUACCAGGGUAGUAGAAGUAUUUUGUAGCCAAAAGUCUUGAGUCUGUCGUAUUUGGAACAUAAAUAAAAUAGUAUUGCAUUUUCUUAUCCAUUUCAAAGGGAAACAAAAUUUUAAUAUGUUUCUAAGCAAUGACUUGGUGUGGUCCACAAAAUGCAUGCUAUAUUACUACUAAUUUGACAACACUGCUGGUUUGUGAAUCUUUGUAAGUAUUUAUUUUAGAUAACUGUAUCUUUUUUUCCCUUUGAUGAUAAAAUUUAGUGCAUGAAUUGGCAUUUUCUCCCCAACUGAAUGUUGGAACUGUAUUUAUGGAAACUUUCCAGUUGCUCUACUAAUUGUGUAUUUAAGGCAAUGGACUUCCUGUUGUGUCUUUUUUGUGAAUUUGGCUUUCUGGUUCUAAUCUAAUCUUAAAACACUGUAAUAAGGAUAUGUUCCUAACCAAGUGGCAUUUGAGAGUAUGUACUGUAACUGACCAGUGUGUAUACCCUCUCUGUAAACUCAAUAGUUUUGCCCAUUGUAAUGUGCACUGACUUUUUCUGUGAAUUUCUAUCAUGUGAGUCAUGGAUCAUAAAGACCAAGUAGCCUCUGAUUCUUAGGCGAUAUUUCUGUCUGUAGGUUGGUAGAAGUGAAGUUUGUUGGUAAUCCUGGUUAACAAUAGGUCUCCCUAGACUGAGUGAUGUUGGAAAGUGCUCAUGAGGUAGAAUAAUGGUUCAACCCAGAUAGCUGUCAAAAAUUCCCAUAUUCCACUACGAUUUUCCAAUAAACAAUGUUUGCAAUAGAUUAGAGAUACUGGAAACAACUUUUCUUUAGUAAGCUCUUCUCCAGUGCAAAAAGAAAGUCUCCUUUCAUGAUGAAGAAUAUGGCAAUCUUACCUCUGAGUUCUAAAUCAUUUGGAAACCCAAAACAAAACAAUAUUAACAAAAGCAAAUACCUACAUUUAUAAUAUUGGCAAAAGCAAGUACCUACAUUGCUAGAUAGAGUGUUACCAGGAUAUACUAUCACUGUAUGGUCUGUAAUGUUGGAAGCAUUUUAACUAUGUUGCAUCUUAUAUGAUAAUUGUAACCAGUUUCUGGCUACUUGGUGGGUGAUUCUAUAUUGUAAUAUCUAUUUGACUCCAAUAAAGUUAUUGCAUACAAA